AUGGAACUAAUGCAGCUGAAGCAAGGUUUUCUAUCUGUGGCAGACUACACUAACAAGUUUGAGGAACUCUGUAGGUUUUCUAGGGUAUGUCAAGAUGCCCCGGAGACUUACGAGAGCUGGAAGUGCAUUAAGUACCAGAGAGGUUUAAAGGAUAGCAUUAUGACUGCUGUGGCACCUAUGGAGAUCCGUGUCUUCUCCGACUUAGUGAACAAGGCUAGAGUAGUAAAAGAGUAUGCCAAGACCGUGGCGGCAUCCAAGGACACUCAUGGAGGAGGCUCUAGUCGGGGGUGUGGCAAGGACUUCCAUCCUAGGGGUCAAAGCUUCAAAAAAGGAGGAUAUGCACCUCAAGGACAAGGAGGUUUUAGGAAGAACACUCAGACUCAGUUUCAGUAUGCUAAGGAGAGAGGAAAUCAGAGUAAGAAUUCUCCGGAUUUGAAUUGUGUACGUUGUGGGCGUUUCCAUCUUUAUGAUUCAUGCAAAAUUGGUUUAGGUGGUUGUUUCAAUUGUAGGUUGCCUGGCCACAUUGCGAGAGAGUGCACUCAUGGGAGGAAUCAGAAUGUGGGCCAGAGUCAGCAUCAAGGUCGAGUCUUUGCUGUGAAUGCCAAGGAUGCUUCCAAGGUGGAUCCAUUGAUGAGAGGUAUAUGUCUAAUUGGUGAUAAGUCCUUAGUUGCAUUAUAUGAUACUGGAGCUUCGCAUUCGUUUAUUUCAUUUGCUAAAGUUGAGGAACUAGGCUUUAAAGUGUCAUAG